GAUGCUCCGUCUAUUAGUAUAAGGUCUAUGGAUUGAAUAAUUGUGAACAUAGUAAAUAGUGAUAACCCUAGACGCACCCUAAUGAGAAAUAACUUAUCUAUAAUAUUAAAUAUGUUGGAGAACGCUACUUAAGACUUCACGUUUCUCGCGGUUUCUUCUAUUCCUUCUUCUUUCAACAGAUUUUCGCUUACAAAAGAAACAUACUCACGUCUUACAAUACACGCCCAAUAGUAAUUAUGUAUAAUAGUUAAAAUAUAUUUCUUCCCGAAGCCAUGUAAAUUCACAAUGGGUGGUGUUUACGGUAGCAGAAGACCACCGUCUGUGUUCAAAGUCAUCAACGUAGAUGAAAAGGCCAAUGUCAAAUAUUAUGGGAAAAUGGAAAUAACGGCUUUCGAUAUAAUAUUGCAUAAAAACGGAGGAUCAAAAAUUAUAUGGCCACUGCAUACGGUUCGAAAGUAUGGUUUUGAAUCUUCUACAUUUUUUUUUGAAGCUGGUCGCUUAGCUCCUCAUGGCCAAGGAGUGUUUGCGUUUAAAACUAAAGAUGCCAAACAUAUAUUCAAUACAGUCAGGGAAAAAUUAAAAUCUGAUAAAUUCAGUAUUGAGGCAAAAGAUAAGUCUUCGGAAGUGGGCACUUAUUCCGGACAAUCAUAUACGAGUACGCACACUAUUGAAAAAGUAUAUGAUGAAAACGGAGAAUCCAAUAAUAACAAUCAACCUCCUGAUCUCAUGUUAGAUCCAGACACCGUCUGUAUAACUUAUAUGAAUACAUUGAUUGAUCAUAACAAAGAAUAUGACAAUGUUUUAAACGACCCUUUCGAGUCACCUAAUAAACCCAUCUACAUAAAAGUUGAAAUUUGCUCUCCUAAAGAAAGAAUUGAAUCUCUGCCUACUUCCCCAACAGAAAUACCUGGCUAUACUGCUAUCGACCACAAUCUCACCAAGCAUUUAAGUCAAAAAAUGCUAAAAAAUAGCGAGGAUGUUGGAAUGAGGAAAACAAGACACGAUUCUACCAUGAGUAAUCCUUAGUAAAACAAUUACUUUUUGCUACUUGUAAACAUACUUAUACGUUUGUUUUACUCUACAUGAAAACGCAUCCAUUAUAUCAACUAUCUAAUUGAUGUAUUUAUUUUGUUAGCUUUAGAGAAAGUAUAAAUAAUUAGAUUUUCAUUAUUGUUAACCUUUUUUUUUUUUUUAAAAAUUUGCAUUUUUAUUUUAACUUUUUGGGCCAGAUCAAUUAUCUGUGGAUAAAAAUAAUUGCUCAAAGUACAAAAUUGUGCUUUAUUUUGUUUUAUAUAUAAAGCCUACUUCCCAUCAAGAAAUUAAAUGAUUUUGUUAAUGU